UGGGAGAAAACCAGGAAAUCAUGUGUUGUGUGUAGAGCAAGAAGAGGAACAGAUGCUUUAAUCCUUGUUUUCGAUCAUGUCUAUUCACAAAAACGGUUCCUUUUGCUUAUUUUAGUACUUCAUAUUUACGCUCUCGUGUCUGGUGAUGGUGUAAACGUCACUGCUUCAGAUUCAGCGGACACACUGACACAAAGCUCGCCUUACAGUCCUGCUCCUGCUGUUGUUUUGGUGAACUCGCCUGUGUUUAGGAAGCCGGAUGUCGACUCUAUUUUCUCCCUGAACCUGCUGUACUCCUUCCCAGAAGACGAGGAGAUCUCUGCAUACUGCAGCAAGCUGCUGCACACCUUCGGGCAGAAGUACGUCACCUAUGUGAACUGCUCCGUGAACUCGGCCCGGCCUGUGAAAGUCUGCCAGAACUGUUACUCCAGCUAUGGCAGCCUCACGGAGAUCUACCUGGAAAUCUCAUCAGACCAGGUGGUUCCUGGCAAGGAGAGCUGCAGGGACAGCAUUCUGCGCAACGAUCGCCUGAUGCUGGUUUAUCUGCUCUACAACAACCUGAAAGACAUCUGGGUCAAAUCAGACUGUGCCAACUGUGUCACUAAAGGAUUCCACAGCCUCACCAACGACACGCUGUACUUCAUGAGCUCCGUCAACCAAACUCUCACCUGCUUUGAGAAAUACAAAGAGGGGAAUCACACAGAGCUGUGCAAAAGCUGUAAGGACACCUACCGAGGCGUGAAUGAGCUGUACAGCCGAAUGGAGACCAACAAAAUCAUGUGUAUUGACAUAGAGGAUGUGAUGAAUGUGACUCGCAAACUGUGGAGUAAGGAGUACAAUUGUUCGUUCCCCCGCGAGGAGACGGUGCCUGUCAUCGCCGUGUCCAGCUUCAUGCUCUUUCUGCCCAUCAUCUUCUACUUGAGCAGCUUCCUUCACUCGGAACAAAAGAAACGCAAGCUCAUACACCCCAAACGGGCGAGGUCAUACAACACUCUGAUGAACAUUCAGGACAAACUGAGCUGAAGAGGAGACGGGUGAAUAAAAGGAAGGACAGCACUCUUUUAUCAGAAGUAACAUCCUGGGAGAAGAUUUGACUCCUUUCCGUCUUGAAACUGAGGUUUGAAUGUAGAGGACUCGACAACAGCAUUCCCCGUUUGUUUGUUUGUUUUCACAAGAGGCUGUGAUACCCAUCAGUAUUCAGAGGACUUCAAGGAUCUGCAUAAUUAAAGUGAAAGUAAAAUGCUUUGAGCACUUUGAACAUUUGCUUUUAUACCGUUAAAAUAUUCUUCUCAAAGUGAAGUAAAUGCAGAAUUGAAAUUGUAUACCUUUUUAUUAUGCAGGCUCUGUGUUUAAAUCCAAGUGUAUGAAUACCUUUUAUACACUCCUAAUUAGGUGGUGGUUAAUGUUGCUGCACAGAUCCUCUCCUUUCUUUCAAACAGUCUUCACGUUUUGAAGCACAUCCUGCAGCGAGAGACACAGCUGUCACUAAAAAGAGUGAGCGGCUUGAAUGCAGUGUGUGUGUGCGUGUGUGUGUGUGCGUGUGUGUGUUCAAGCGAGCUACCAGGAAAUAUGCGCACUAUUUAAGGGUUGAGAAAUGGGGUUUCUGUCUCUAAUGUAUGUCCAGAAGUGAGCAGCAAAAAAGGAAGCACUUGAUGUCCAUUAGUGGUGACAUGUAUCUGCUGUAAGAAGGGGGGGUGCACAUCAGUGGGGUGGGAGUAAAUAGAGACCUAACACACAUAAUGUAAGAGCACUCCAGAGGACCACACUGUGAUGUUACCUGGUUUCCAGUCACUGUUUUUCUUUUUGGUUGCAUAAAGCUUUUAAUGUGCUUUGUUGUCGUUUCCCACUGAUGUUUAACUUAAUUUGUUAAGAGGUUUCUGACCGCUCAUGACGGUGAACUCUCAUUUAUGGAAUCAGUAAAAAAUGCAUUUGCUUUGAAGUAAUGUAAACUUUCAUUUGUAAUGCAUAAGCCUGAAUAAAUACUUUCACGUCAGAGA